AUGAACGGCAUACUAGGCACCGCGCCCCCGGGGUCGCUCUAUGUCCGAGCACUCUACGACUACGAAGCCGACGAUCGAACGAGUCUCAGCUUCCACGAGGGCGACGUGAUUCAGGUCAUCACUCAGCUGGAAAGCGGAUGGUGGGAUGGCGUGAUCAAUGGCGUCCGCGGCUGGUUUCCGAGUAAUUACUGCCAAAUCAUCACGAACCCUGCCGAGAUUCCCGAGCAGGUGCAGAACGGCGACGGGGACAACGCGGAAGACGAACUCGAGGACCAAGUCAUCUACGAGGAGGAGUUCGAAGACGGGAACGAAUCGGACCAGGACGACCUGAACGGAUUGCCCCUCGAGGGAGCGAGAGCUUCCCGGAAAUCAGGCGCCGACUUCUGGAUACCUCAAGCCACCCUCGACGGUAGGCUAUACUACUAUAAUACCAUGACUGGAGAGAGCAGCAUGGAACUUCCGCUUGAGUCACCGAGCUCCUUUAACGAGAGCGGACCCCGAGACCGGAUGAAUGUUAACAUGCCUGAAAAGACGAGGGUGCCCACCGAGAUGAUGGCGAGAGGUCUGAUGCAAGACGAGGACGAGGACUCCGAAGCCACUUCGGCCUCGGAGCUCGAGGGUGAAUUGCUUAUGAAGAGCUCCAUAAGCUCACUGCCCCCGCGUCGUCGUGCGUUCGGCACCGACAGCGUCGGAGUCUCCCCGUCGCCGUCCAUGGACUCCAUCAACGGCAGCUCCCAGGGAUUACGGUCGCGGACCGAAACAUUCAUCAACACCAACAUCCCCUUGUCAGCCGGCCCCGGCUACGGGCCAACUCUGGCAUCCGCCACGUCCUUCACCGGAACUGGUUUCAACCUCCCGCAAGCGGCCACGAUACCCCGCUCGUUUUUCGACGACGGCACUGCGCCGCCGUUGUCGUGGAAUAUUCUCGUCGCGAACAUGAAGCGCGCCAUCGACCGGUACCGGGAGGCGAUCACAUGCGGCGACCGGUCCGAAUACGUCAGCCGUGCGGAGGACAUUUCCGACCAUUUGCGUCUACUUCUCGCCGCCGGCUCCGGUACUACAGACAACCACUCGGGUCAGCCUUCUAUCAUCUCCACAAACAAGGCGCUCUACCCUCAUUUCCGGGAUAUGAUGUCGAAAUUUUCGAAGUUGGUGAUUUCGUCGCAUAUAGCCGCCGCCGACUGGCCCAAUGCCGAGUCCGUCCAGAAGUGCAUGCAGGAGGCCGAUGGCGUGCUGGGGGGCGUGUUCAGCUUUGUCGAGGUUGCGAGGCAGCAAAGGGGCGAGGAGAUCCCGCGGCUCUUCCCCGGCUUCGUUAUAGGAAGCACAACCGGAGGCAGCUGGCAGAACAAUGCGCUGCGCCCCCGCGAUCCCAUCACGUCGAAUUUCUUCGACGACGACGAGGGCUCUACCGAACCAACCGCGAUUCUAGAUGGGAAGCUUCUUGAGAGGUUGGACGAGUACAAGAGGAUGCUAGUCUCUAGCAUCAGGGAGCUGGAAAAGACCCUCGUGGUGUCCGAUAAGGUCAUCUCUCCGUACAAGCACGAGCUCAUAGGCAAUAACGUGUGCGGUGCCGCCGGCAAGAUUUUAGAGACUUUUAGGCCCUGGAUUGCGAUGAUCGAGUCCAUCGACCUCUCAUCGUUAGGGAACACAUUCCAAACUCCUCAACUCGUCGACUUUAGUACUAAUAAGCAGAGCUUGUUCGAUAACGUAUCCGACCUCGUGUUAGGGUGCCAGGCCGUCGCCGGCCCCCUGGCGGACGAGUGGGCCGAGGUGCGCGGUGAGUCGUUAGAAGGCCGGCUCGAAUACGUCAGGCAAUGCGCGAGAGCCUUGGAAACGAAUUCCUCACAUAUCGGCUUUUCUCUCCAGCUCCUGUCCGAGCAAGUUCAUAUCGAUCUGCAGCAGCAUCAUGAGACACGUCCUCGCGAAGAUAGCAUCUUGAGAGACCAGCUUAGGAGGGAUACGCUGCCUUACAACUCGAUACAUACGCGGACCGACUCCCGCAGUCUAUUAGAAACCAGAUCUCCUCUCAUGGGGUCCAUGUCCUAUGACGGGGAAACGCCACCCAAUUUCCACAGAAAGGCAGGCGACUUGUCUAAGGCUGCUAGACUCUUGGGAGAGGGCUCCAUCACGCAGGGUGCUAUCCAGCAGGCCGAAGAAACGCCUCCGUUCCUGCGGCUCGACCUCGAAAGCGAUCUCUCCUGGGAUCUUAAGACAUCCCCGCCUGCGGUCAAGGGUGGCUCGCUGUUAGCAUUAGUUGAGCAACUCACGAGGCACGACAAAUCGGACUUCAGCUUUAACAACACAUUCCUACUGACAUAUCGAUCUUUCACGACCGCGAGAGAGUUGUUCGAACUGGUCGUUAAACGGUUCAAUAUCCAGCCGCCAGAAGGGUUGAGUAACGCCGAUUACGACAUUUGGAGAGACCAGAAGCAGAAACUAAUCCGGUUCCGAGUGGUCAACAUCAUCAAGACCUGGUUUGAGAAUUUCUGGAUGGAGGAGCCAAACGAGGAGACCAGACAGCUCAUCCGCGACGUCUACGCAUUCGCUAGAGACACGGUCAAGUCUACAGAGACGCCGGGCGCAAAUAACCUCAUGGCCGUCCUUGAUCAACGUCUCGGCGGCAAGGAAAUCUCGUCCAAACGUAUGGUCCAGACAGUCUCUAGCAACCUCCCGCCGCCGAUCAUGCCGAAAAACAUGAAGAAGCUCAAGUUCCUCGACAUAGACGUGACAGAAUUCGCCCGCCAGUUGACGAUUAUAGAAUCGAAGCUCUACGGCAAGAUCAAGCCCACCGAAUGUCUCAACAAGACAUGGCAGAAGAAGGUUGGCGAGAACGAGCCAGAGCCAGCGCCUAACGUAAAAGCGCUUAUCCUCCAUUCCAAUCAGAUGACGAACUGGGUUGCCGAGAUGAUUCUGGCUCAGAUGGAUGUGAAGAAGCGAGUGAUCGUCAUCAAGCAUUUCGUGUCGGUUGCGGAUAAAUGUCGGGGUCUUAACAACUUCUCUACUCUGACCUCUAUCAUCUCCGCUCUGGGUACUGCCCCCAUCGCUCGUCUGAAACGGACCUGGGAUCAAGUCCCUGCCCGGACUCAGACCGUCCUAGAGACGAUGCGGCGGUUGAUGGCAAGCACAAAGAACUUUGGCGAAUACCGAGAAGCUUUGCAUGCCGCGAACCCCCCGUGCAUUCCGUUCUUUGGUGUCUAUCUUACCGACCUCACGUUCAUCGAGGACGGUAUUCCCUCGCUUAUCAAGAAGACCAACUUGAUCAACUUCGCGAAGCGCGCCAAGACGGCCGAAGUAAUCCGCGACAUUCAGCAAUACCAAAAUGCUCCGUACUCUCUUCAGCCGGUCCCGGAGCUACAGGAUUACAUACUAAGCAACAUGCAAGCCGCUGGGGAUGUGCACGAGAUGUACGACAAGAGUCUGGCAGUCGAACCGCGCGAGCGCGAGGACGAGAAGAUCGUCAGGGUUCUGGCUGAGUCCGGCUUCUUGUGA